AGAUGCAUAGCAAAAAGUAUUUGAGAAACUUCGUGUUCAUUGUCUUGUGAUCUACAAACCUAAAAAAGAUACAGAAUUCGUAGAACCCCAAAAACCAUUGCAUCCCCUCACAUCCGCAACCCCUACUGCAUUCUUACCAGCAACCAAAUACAAUUCCUACCUCCCUACGAUCAAAGCCAAAGUAAAGACAGGAGAAAGGGAUGAAGUUGGACGUGAACGCUCUCAGAUACCUCUCAAAGGAUGAUUUCCGGGUGCUCACCGCCGUCGAGAUGGGGAUGCGCAACCACGAGAUUGUUCCUUCGGAGCUGAUUGAUCGCAUUGCUUCCCUCAAGCAUGGGGGAACUUAUAAGGUGCUGAAGAAUUUGCUUAAGCACAAGUUGCUACACCAUGACUCUACAAAAUAUGACGGUUUUAGACUUACCUAUCUUGGCUACGAUUUUCUUGCUAUAAAGGCUUUGGUUAAUCGUGGAGUUUUUACUUCUGUGGGUCGUCAAAUUGGUGUUGGGAAAGAGUCAGAUAUUUUUGAGGUUGCCACGGAGGAUGGUACCAUUCUUGCAAUGAAACUCCACAGGCUAGGCAGGGUUUCAUUUAGGGCUGUCAAGUCUAAGCGUGACUAUUUGAGGCAUCGUAGAAGUUUUAAUUGGCUCUACUUGUCUCGGCUUGCUGCCCUCAAGGAAUUUGCUUUUAUGAAGGCUUUGCAAGAACAUGGGUUUCCAGUUCCAAAUGCUGUUGAUUGCAACAGGCAUUGUGUGAUUAUGUCACUUGUCCAAGGCUAUCCUCUUGUGCAGGUCAAGCAAUUGCAAAACAUACACACAGUUUUUGAAACCAUCAUUGGUCUUGUUGUUCGCCUGGCUGAACAUGGGCUUAUUCAUUGUGAUUUCAAUGAGUUUAACAUAAUGAUUGAUGAUGAUGAGAAGGUCACAAUGAUUGAUUUCCCACAAAUGGUCUCAGUCUCGCAUCGAAAUGCACAAAUGUACUUUGACCGUGAUGUUGAAUGCAUAUUCAAGUUCUUCAGAAAGAGGUUCAACCUGUCUUCUCAAGAAAAUCAUGAUGAUUCUGAUGAUUCAGAGGCAGAAAUGGAAGAUGAAAUACGGCCCCAAUUUUCUGACAUAGAGAAGAAUUUUGGUUGCCUCGACAAGGAACUUGCUGCUAGUGGUUUUACUAGGAAGGAUCAAGUUGAGAUCGAGAAGUUUAUUGAAGUAGAAAAUGUGGGUACUCCAGUAUCAGAUGAUGAAGGAUAUGAAGAAAAGAAUGAACCGGCAACAACAGAUCUUAAUUCCUUAAAACUGGAUGAGAAGGAAGAAGAUAGUCAAAAUGAAGAGAGUAAAAGUGUGCUGAAGACUGACGGAGGAAUUGAGAUUGAAGGUGAGGUUUUAGAGGAAGAGGGACAGAAUGAGGAGGAAGAAAUGGGGAAACGGCUGAAUAAGCAACGCAGACGUGCCAUACAAGCUGCCCAUGGCGGAACAAGACAUUAUACUUCCAGGAAUACAUACAAAGACAAAGGUGGCAGAUCCUCCAACAACUCUAAGGUUCAGAAGAAUUUGAGUAAUUGGUAAAUGGUUGAUUGAUGAAAGAAACAACCAACUAAGCAAUUCACGCAAGUUGUUUUUUUAUCAAGUUUAUUAUGGUGCCUAUUACUGCUUUGUUGUGUAAUCUUAUUUAUUUCAUUUCAUUGGGUUCUGCUGCUUGGGGCCGUCACAGUUUUGUAGCAUGUAUUAGCUUAAGCAAUGAUCAAGUGAAUUGGAUAAUUGGAUUAUGUAAAACAUAUAAUUUAUGUUCUUGAAUAAUUGCAAUUUUAACAUUUUAUAUACUCUCUUUGUACAAUAA